AACCUGGCGGCCGAAGUUUAGUCCCCGCGCCGCGGCUGGCGAAGCCGUCUGUUCCCAGGAGCCUGGUGGCGUCGGGAUAGGAAUCGUGAUGGGCACGAAGCUGAAAGCAGGGAGGAGACAGUUGCUUCUCUUCACCGCUGUGAUCCUGUGCUCUCUGGUGCAAGGCAAAGGUUCAGUGUACACUUCCGAACCUGAAGUCAGAGUUCCUGAGAACCAGCCUGUCACCCUGUCCUGUACUUACUCUGGCUUCUCCUCGCCCCGAGUGGAGUGGAAGUUUGUCCACGGUGGCACCACCAGUCUCGUUUGCUAUGACAACAAGAUCACAGCUUCCUAUGAGGACCGUGUCACCUUCUCACCGAGUGGCAUCACCUUCAGUUCUGUGACCCGGAAAGACACUGGGCUGUAUACGUGUAUGGUCUCCGAGCGGGGUGGCAACAGCUACGGGGAGGUCAACGUUCAGCUCACUGUGCUUGUGCCUCCAUCCAAGCCUACAAUCAGUGUCCCCUCCUCUGCCACCAUUGGGAACCGAGCCGUGCUGGUCUGCUCAGAACAAGAUGGUUCCCCACCCUCUGAAUACUCCUGGUUCAAGGAUGGGGUAGUAAUGCCUUUGGAUCCCAAGAACACCCGUGCCUUCAGCAAUUCUUCCUACACCCUCAAUCAGAAGUCAGGGGAACUGAUCUUUGAUCCUGUGACAGCCUCUGAUACUGGCGAGUACUCUUGUCAGGCACAGAAUGGGUUUGGGAAACCCAUGAAGUCAGAUGAUGUCCGCAUGGAGGCUGUGGAGCCGAACGUAGGGGGUAUCGUGGCAGCUGUCCUUGUAACACUGAUUCUUCUUGGACUCUUGAUUUUUGGCAUCUGGUUUGCCUAUAGCCGAGGAUAUUUUGAAAGAACAAAGAAAGGGACUUCUACGAGUAAGAAAGUGAUUUACAGCCAGCACAGUGCGCGAAGUGAGGGGGAAUUCAAACAGACCUCAUCGUUCCUGGUGUGACCUGUUGUGGCUCAGCUCCUGGCCUUUACCCGCCUUCCGUAGGUGCUAUCCGGCUCCAGCCCCUGUUGUCUGUAGUUUCACAGGACGUCUUAAUGAUCAUCUAGACCCCACAGGACCCCUCACUUUUCUUUUAGCUAGAAUGUGAUUUUAAUAACAUCGGUGACUGCACCUGCCUCUUUCCUACCACUGCUGCCGGGCCUGAGACUGCUUAAAUUUGUCACUCCCCAUCGCUCCGAGGAACCGGGUAGGAGCCCCGUGUGUGCCUGCUGACGUCUCUUCUAAGUGGACAGCAAGAAUGCCAGGGCUCCCUGGAAUCCAGAGCCACUGCCUGGCUCUAGUGGCUUUUGAAUAAGGAUUUCAAGCCUGACUCCCCAGCUCUCGUCUCCCCUGAUGGAAGCCGCUUAUCAGCUGUCCUAGAGUGGGGACUAAAGAAAGGUGUGGCUGCAGUGUUAGGUGAAGACAUCAGCCUUCAGUCUCUGGAGCCCACCCUCGUUCUCUCUCCCCAUGAAAUGUGCUCCCGGGAUCCUCCUGCUUCGUCCUCCUGGAUACAAGCAGACUGUCGUUGUGGCUGUGGUGGGAAGGUGGGAGAGUUUAGUCAACUGUCAGAAGACUUGUAGUGAAAAAGAUUUAAACCACUGAUCUGGAAAAGAAAAGAAAGCCAGAGCUGGUAGCUGUCUGUCACUCUUCCCUUGGCUGGAACAACUGGACAGACCCUAAGAUGUCUGCAGGACUGUGGGGAAUGUGUGUUAGUCUUGGCUCUUAGCUGGGCUGUGUGUGUGCGUGCGUGAGUGUAUGCAUGCACGUGUGUGUGUGUGUGUGUGUGUGUGUGUGUGUGUGUUCUUAGCUGUAUGCUGAAAGUGAGUGUUGUGUUAAAGGGCUUCUUACCCUUGGUGAAAUUGUGUUUCUGUGUGUUUGUGUUCACCAGAUGUUGCUGGAAAUAAAAAACUUGAUUUGUCAAA